CUUCCCUAUCAAUCGGCCAGGCACUGGUGGUAUGAUGCCUGGAAUGCCCGGAACUAGGAAGAUGCCUGGUACACCUGGGAUGGAUAAUGACAACUGGGAAGUUCCUAGAUCCCGCUCUAUGCCAAGAGGUAAUGGACCACUGGUUCAGGCUGGUGGACGAAGUCAGCCACCAUUGGUUGGCAAGUCGCCUGCAUUGAACCCAAAACUUCUGCCUCAGGGUAGUGGUGGUUACGUGAGUGGCAGGCCUAGUGCCCUCUUGCAAGGUAGUGGUGCUCCUCCUGCUCACCCUACGGCCUAUGGUAUUGGCAUGAACCCUGCAUCACAGGUUCCCGGACCGGUUAGACCACCUUCAACAACUGUUGUUUCUCCAGUUGUUGCAAAACCCCAGGCUCCUGCUGCAAGUUCGACACCUGAUGUACUAAAGAGAAAAACAGCAUCUCUUCUUGAGGAAUAUUUCAGUGUUAGGCUUCUGGAAGAAGCUUUGCAGUGUGUUGAGGAGCUCAAAUCCCCAGCCUACCAUUCUGAGGUUGUCAAAGAAGCAAUAUCAAUUGGUCUAGACAAAAGCCCACCAUGUGUUGAACCAGUUGCACAGCUUCUCGAACACUUGUUUGUGAAGAAGGUUUUUACUGCUGGGGACUUGGUCACUGGAUUCUUGAACUUUUCCUCUCUGCUGGAUGACCUUGCCAUGGAUCUACCAAAAGCACCGGUAAAUUUUGGUGACAUAAUAUCUAGACUAGUUUUGGCUGGAGCUUUCGACUUCAAGGUGGUCAAUGAGAUCUUGAAGAAGGUAACCGAUGAUCUAUACCAGAAAGACGUAUUCACAGCUACAAUGGGAUCUAUUAGCUCUAGUCCUACAGGCCAAGCAGUAUUGGAUUCGCAAGCAUCCGAUGUUGAGGCAUGCAAAGCUCUCUUUCAAUAAAAGCUCGAUCAACUCUUUGAGAAGAUCGAUUUUUCUGUAACCUCAGUAGAUGGAAUGUACUCAAAACUCACUUUUCAGCAUUUCUUGUUGAUGUCCAAUGGAGUUUAGAGCAACUGAACCGCAGGAUGGUCGAGAGCAGGUUGAUUUUUAAGUGAGUUGUAUUUUUUUUUUCCCAAGGUGAAAGUAGUAUGUUGAAAGAAAGAUUUUGCCUUUUGAGGAUGGUUAAUUGUGUACUUCAUAUUCGCUCUAGGCAAAGAGGCCCUCAUUUUGUAUUUCAUUAGUUAUUUAUUUAUCUCCUCUCUUUUGACUAGAUGGAUUAAAAGUUUUGUCAAAUCUGUUGAGUUCAUACUUCAACUCCUUGAGCCUUUAUAUACCAUUUUUGAAGGAAAAUUCAGACACAUUUAAGUUUU